AUGAACAAAUUUUUAGAAAAUUCAACAAAAAUAAUUUCUCAAAAAAUAGAAAAUGAGAAUAACACUCAAAAAACAACAAAAAUUGAAUCAGCCACAACAAAUCUAGAUGGAUUAUUGAAGGAAGAAGAAAGAUUACUAGUUAAUAGUUCCCCCCUUCGAGUAGACCAAUCAAAAUCUAUUAAUUUUAAUGAGACUGAAUUAAUUGGGAUUGCUAAAAUGGAAAAUGAAACAGCUCAACUAAUAGCGGUAAUAGAAAAUGUUUUGGCAGAUGCUGAAGUUGGGCCAAAUGCUGGAGGUUAUUGGCUACACGAAGCUGCUACUGUUAGUACCUCUACAACACCCUCGACUACAAAUAGUUUGGAAUAUAUUAAUGAGACAACUACAAAUAUGUCAAAAAAUACUUCUAAUAAUGGCAUGUUAAAUUAUUUUUAA